AUGGUUUCCCUUUGUUCCCUGUGGCUGACCUUGGCCUCCCUGACUGUGAAAGGGGAGGCGCGGGCCUGGUCUCAUGCUGGUCUCAUGCUCGGCAGGUGUCAACAGACUGACGCUAGACUGGAGACUUUGCUGUCCGAGCAUGGUCGACGAGCUUUCGGCGAUGAUGGGUCCAAGGAAGUCCGCUUCACCUUCGCCGUGCAUGAAUUGGAUGGAACGGUGAACGACUUCGUGAGCAAGGAGACGGGCGCUCUGUGGCGACAGGCUUCGACCUUCGCCGGCACACAGAAGCUUUGCAUCUUGAUGGACCGUGGCUUCUCCAAGGAUCCCGGGGAUCCCGAGACGCACUGGCACCGGGACGAUGAGGCGAUCGGCCUCCAAGGCCUGCAUGCAGGCAUUCGGACCGUGCACGCUUGGAUUCCCCUCGUUGCAAUGGACAAAGACUUCGGCACGUUGCGAUACCUUCUCGGCACGCACCGCCGAGAGUACAACUGGUUCGAAACGCUUCUGGCGUCGCUAUGGGGCUGGGAGUUUGCCUGGUUUCUCACCUCAAGGGUAGAGCAAGACGACCACUUGCGGUUUGGAGAUGUGGCAUGGCACGAUGGAUGGACAUUGCAUUCUGCUGGCUCCAACAAGGCAGCUACAGUUCGCAAUGGCUUCGCCAUCAGCUACGCCUAUUGCGCUGAUGAAAGCGGCUGUCGUGGAGCUACCCAGCACAUGUCCAAAACAGACCCCUCUUCCGCCUUCUUUGGCUUCAUGGGGGUCACAUCCGCGUUGGUUUUCGCCAACCUGGGCGCAGCAUAUGGAACGGCGAAGUCGGGCGUUGGGAUCGCCUCUAUGGGCGUCAUGCGCCCUGAUAUGAUCAUGAAGUCCAUCAUUCCAGUGGUCAUGGCGGGUGUGCUCGGCAUCUACGGCCUCAUCACAGCGGUGAUCAUAAAUGGCAAAAUGGAUGCGGCCAACUACUCUGCUUACUCGGGCUACGCGCACUUGGGAGCAGGCCUCACAGUGGGCAUGAGCUCCCUGGCUGCGGGUCUGGCCAUCGGCAUCGUGGGCGAUGCUGGUGUCCGGGCCAAUGCUCAGCAGCCACGUCUCUUCGUCGGGAUGAUCUUGAUCUUGAUCUUUGCAGAGGCUCUGGGUCUCUACGGUCUGAUCGUUGGUCUAGUCGUGGCGUCCACGGCAGAAGGGAAAGGCAAAGGCCUUUGCACGCCCUACGCCUGA